AAAAAAUCAACUGCUGGUUACAAAUGUGUGGCUGAAGCUCGAAUGGAACGACAUGAACCUGCGCUGGAAUACUUCGGACUAUGGUGGGGUCAAGGACUUGCGUAUACCGCCGCAUCGCAUAUGGAAGCCCGACGUCCUCAUGUACAAUAGUGCUGAUGAGGGCUUCGACGGCACCUACCAGACGAACGUGGUGGUCCGGAAUAAUGGCUCGUGUCUGUAUGUGCCACCGGGAAUCUUUAAAUCGACGUGCAAAAUCGAUAUCACGUGGUUUCCAUUCGACGACCAGCGCUGCGAAAUGAAAUUUGGCAGUUGGACCUAUGAUGGAUUUCAGCUGGAUUUACAAUUACAAGAUGAAACUGGCGGUGAUAUCAGCAGUUACGUGCUCAACGGCGAGUGGGAACUACUGGGUGUGCCUGGCAAACGUAACGAGAUCUACUACAAUUGCUGCCCGGAACCAUAUAUAGAUAUAACAUUCGCCAUUAUCAUACGGCGUCGCACGUUAUACUAUUUUUUUAAUUUGAUUAUACCCUGCGUUCUGAUUGCGUCGAUGGCGUUGUUGGGCUUUACACUGCCACCGGAUUCGGGUGAAAAGCUAUCGUUGGGCGUCACCAUCUUACUCUCCCUGACUGUGUUUCUCAAUAUGGUCGCCGAGACGAUGCCGGCAACCUCAGAUGCCGUGCCCCUGCUAGGUACAUAUUUCAAUUGCAUAAUGUUUAUGGUAGCUUCAUCCGUUGUGUCAACGAUUUUAAUAUUAAAUUAUCAUCAUCGAAAUGCUGAUACGCACGAAAUGUCCGAAUGGAUACGCAUCGUCUUUCUUUGCUGGCUACCCUGGAUAUUGCGAAUGAGUCGUCCGGGUCGACCGCUUAUAUUGGAAUUCCCCACGACGCCCUGCUCGGACACAUCGAGCGAGCGUAAACAUCAAAUACUCUCCGAUGUUGAGCUGAAAGAGCGCUCCUCGAAGUCUCUGCUGGCCAAUGUGCUGGACAUCGAUGAUGAUUUUCGCCACAAUUGCCGACCCAUGACGCCCGGCGGCACACUUCCACACAAUCCAGCGUUCUAUCGCACGGUUUAUGGACAAGGCGAUGACGGCAGUAUUGGGCCCAUUGGGAGCACUCGCAUGCCCGACGCUGUCACGCAUCACACGUGCAUCAAAUCAUCAACAGAUUAUGAAUUAGGUUUAAUUUUAAAGGAAAUACGUUUUAUCACUGAUCAGCUACGAAAAGAAGACGAGGACAAUGACAUUGCCAAUGAUUGGAAAUUUGCAGCUAUGGUCGUUGACAGACUGUGCCUUAUCAUAUUCACAAUGUUCACAAUAUUAGCCACAAUAGCUGUACUACUAUCAGCACCACAUAUUAUUGUCUCGUAGCCAU